CUCCCUCGCGAAGGGAAGCCGCGCACUUCGAACGAGUCCCGACCGAGCGGUCACUCCCGAAGACGUCCACGCUGCGCUCGCCGGCCUUUCGAUCACGCGAAUUCGCGAGCUCCGGGGGCACCAGCCAGAAGGCAGCGCCGCACAAGAACAGCGCGGAGGACUUGUCUUGAGGAUCUAAGUGCGCAAGGCCGAUCAUGUCUGCAACUGGGCUGCUCCUCUUCGGCGUCCUCGUCUUUUCAGUCUGCCUGACUACAGCACAAGAAAAGCCGGACGACGUGAGCGAAGAGCGCUUCGCGCCGGAGCAGAAACGGCCCUUCUGCAACGCCUUCACUGGUUGCGGAGGAAAGAGGUCCCAGUACAGGACGCACAACCUGAUAUCCCUGCUGCGGCAGAGGAUACUGGCUGAAGCGACUAGGAGUCACCAACGCCACCGGAGCCACUUUCCAGAGGACGCAGGCAGCCGCAGUGCUUUUGAUGCUGGCGAUCUCCGGAGCGGUGCCAUAUUGGUGAAUCUACCCAGCCUGCUGCGGAAGCGGAGGUUCUCCAUGAAUGGCCCAUAGCUCAAAGUGGGCCACGCUCAUCACCUUCCGAGCAUCAUUACCGCAGGUGCUUGCCGACAUCGUGACACUUUGCCACGGAUGGUGCCAGCUGCCCUUGGUCAUGCCUUUGAGCAAUGCCUGCAACUUCCAUGCUCUCCAGCCAAUGCAGCCAUGCAUCUAGACAGGGCUCUUACAGGCCUGCUACUGCCCACACCUCUUUUGCAACCCUGGCUAAAUGCACUCCAAUAAACACUUCCCUC